GGUGUUGGUCGGACUCGUAGAUACCACUGAGCUGCACGGAUUAGGUGAGGUGGAGCAUGAGUGGUGACAAGUGGUCGACGCUGCCCUUCGACACUUAUAUAAACCGACGCGAGGUGGCUAAGCGGCGAUUGCACAGCAAGCGUUGUCAUCACUCGGGAGUCCCGCCGUUCCUCGUCCGGACAGUCACCCUCGGCAACAUGGUUGGCGCGAUCGCACUGUGCUCCGCGGUCGCUCUGCUGGUCGGCGCUUGCGCCGCUCCUUGUUACGUAGAGAGCGCUCCCCCCGCACAGGGACCCGGCGACAUCGCGAGGCGAUUCGAACAAAUCGAACAAGCAUGUUUUCAAGAAGCUCAGUUGACUGCAGAAGAGACAUCGACAGUAGUGGAUGUCCGCAAGCGAGCCACGGAAGAAGUGGGAUCGCACAACGUGAACCAGCAGCUUGACUUCCUGGAGUACAUUGACCGCUACGCGCCCACCCCUGAAGUUGCCCGCGGCAUCCGGUCCAAGUGGAAUGCACUUACAGUAUGCGUUGGUCGCGAAGCUGCUAAACUGGCGUCCAGGUCAUAAUGCUUUCACCCCUGCUGCAAGACAACCACUUCCGAGUGGGCACUUGUGCCAGCUUUUCGUAAAUAAAUUGGCUUAUUUACUUAUUCA